AUGGCGGAGGACGCGGUGGACCGGCAGCUGGCGCUGGUGGUGGAGAUCGAGGAGGCGGGGCGCGCCGCCAAGGUGCAGCUCGAGAACUGCCUGCUGCUCAGCGACCGCCUCGGCAUCCUCCGACCGCUGCUCAAGGUCAGCCCUACCCUCCGACCGUUGCUCAAGUACCGCCUCGCCGAUCGGCAUUCUUUCUCGUUUCACGACUAUUUUAGUCGGCAAUUCUCAGACCGCAUUUUCAGCUCAUCGCUCGUCGGGCUUCUCUCACCUUCUCCUCCUCGGCGCGCGCAGGACAUGCGGCCGUGGUUGGCGGCGGUGCAGAUGGGUCGACAGCAGGUCGCCAUCGACGCCAUCCUGCUGCGACUCGAGAGUGGUGGUACCUGCGAUGGCAACUGCAGGGGAACCUGCAGGGAUGGAGACGGCAGGAGCGUGGGCAGAAGGGGUAAUGCGGGGUGGGAGAAGGUACAAGGGGGUGUGCUGCGGGAAGGGAGCAGGGAGCAGGUGGAAGGGGAGUUAGUGCGGGUGUUGCAGCAGGUGGAGAGAGAGGCAGUGGUGGUGGGCGUGUUGAAAGCGCUGUGCUUUAAGUGCGGUUGGAUGGAGGAGACUGUAGUGAAGAAGCUUAUAAGGGAUCUGGGCGAGCAGAGACGCGUGGUGGGGACGCAGCGGUGGGCUGUGGAUGAGAUUCAGCAGUGGCUGAAGCGGCAGGACCUAUCAGCUGGUGACACGUGUUCGGUUUCCCUGAGUGGAGCAUCGUCGAUCAUGGCGUCGUGGGAUUUGCGGCUGGGGAGGCGCGCUGCUGAGCUGGCACGGGAUGUGGUGAGGAGCCUGCGGCUGCGCAUGGCGGACCACCAGAAGGCGUUGCAGGUGGGUGCUGGAAGGGCGCUGCAGGUGGGUGCUGGAAGGGCGCUGCAGGCGCUGCAGGUGGGCUUGGGGCGGGCGGCAGGUGCGGGUGGGAUGGGCGGCAGUUGGGGUGGGAUGGUCGGCAGUUGGGGUGGGAUGGGCGGCAGUUGGGGUGGGAUGGGCGGCAGUUGGGUUGGGAUGGGCGGCAGUUGGGGUGGGAUGGGCGGCAGUUGGGUUGGGAUGGGCGGCAGUUGGGGUGGGAUGGGCGGCAGUUGGGGAGGGGAGUGUCAUGGGUGGAGGAGCCGUGGUUGGCGCUGCCCUAUCUCGCCCCACCGUCACUCUCUGAGCUCCUCUUCUCCCCCCACCACCCCACGCGAGCAGGAGGGGCGGGACAUGUGGGCAAUAGGAGUGUCAUGCGUGGAGGAGCCAUGGCUAGCGCUGCUGGCAGAGGAGCUUGCAGCCCACCGCGACGACCUGCGGGAGGUUGCUGCCCAUGUCACAGCUGUCGACGCCGCUCUUAGCAGGGCUGCUUAUAACGAGGCACAGGAGGGAGGUACCGCAGAGGGGAAUGCUGCGGGUGGCGGUGCAGGAGGUGAGGACGGGGAACACGGUGCUGGUGCGAGUGGGGAAGGAGGUUGGGGGAGAGCAGAAGAGGCGGGGAGGGAGGGGGAGGAGGGGAUGGGGAGGGGCGCGGUGGGGGUGGCGGAGAGGUAUGGGGAGGUGCAUGAGUGGCAGCGCGCGCUGAGGGACCUGAGCAUCCAUGUGCGAGGGGUGCGCCGCCAGGCCAACACCAUGCAGCGCCUCCUGCUCACCGUUGAGGCCGCUGCUGCUGCUGCUGCCGCCGCUGCUGCUGCUGCUGCUGGUGCUGGUGCUGCUGCUGCCAGGGGGAGCACUGGUGUGGCAGGGGCAGGGGCGAGUGGGAGCAGAACGCCUGGGCGUGGCAAUCGAGGGAGGGGGGAGAGUGAUGUGGGGCCGCUGCUGGCGAGGAUGGACGGCGACCUUCGGCAGUAUGUGGCGGAGCUGGUGGGGCAUGCGGGUGUGGCGGGCGGCGUGCUGAGUGUUCUGGAGGAGGAUUUGGACGAGGCGGAGAGGCGAGGGGAGGAGGCGGAGAAAAAGAGGGAGGAGGCGGAGAAAAAGAGGGAGGAGGCGGGGAAGAGGGGCGAGGCGAAGAGAGGAGAGAAGGAGGAUAAGGGAAACGAGGGAAGGGGAGAGAAAGGGGAGGGCAGGCGGAAGGAGAUUGAGGGGAGGGCAGUGGGGGAGAAGAUGGGGUGUGAAACUGCGGGGGAACGGGGGAAGGAGAACGCAUGUGAAGCAGGGAGGAGGGAAAAGGGGGCAGGUCGAGGCAGAGGUGCUUCAGAGGACGUGGACGUGGAUGUGCACAAGUCUGCCACGCUGCUCUUCCUGCUCUUCUACAACACGAGUCUCCCUGCUCUUAUACAACACGAGACUUUCGAAACCCUUUUGAGUCGACUCAAGGGUCCUCUCCCCCACCUCUCCCAUCUGAUCACAACUCCUCCCCACUCUCCCCAAUCCGAUCCCUUCUGGCAGGACGUGGAGGUGCGAGAGUCUGCCGCGCUGCUCAUCAAGAACAUGGUCUUCAGAGACCCCCCUCAGGACAGCCAAUCGCUGCUCGCCACGCGGGCGUGUGUGGUCAAGCAUGGUGCGGUCCCCCUGCUCCUCUCAGCCCUUUCCAUUCAAACCGCUCUGCACCCCGCUGACACCUCCAGCCUUGACACCUCCAGCCGCACCACUGGCACCAGCUCAACCAGUGCAGAGGCACAUGAGGCAGCAGCAGCUGCUGCAGCAGCAGCAGCAGCAGCAGCAGCAAGGGCGUGCAUGAGUGGGGAGACCGAGGAGUACAUGCUAGGGGUGGUGGGAGGGCUGGCUCAGAGCCCUCGCUCCGCCGUGCCUCUGCCCACCAGGAAGCUCAUCGCCUGCAUCAUUCCCCACCUCGCCCGCCCCUCCACCCCCGCCGUUCGCGUCUACGCCCUCGCUGCACUCGCUGCCCUCGCUAGGGUCAACCCAGAGGGUGAUUCUAACGAGGGUGACGGUGUGGAGGGGGCGGGGUUGGUGCCGGUGCUGCAGGUGGUGAGGGACGCGGCGGUGGGGGAGAGGGUGCGCCUGCAUGCCUUGUCAGUGCUCUGUGCCAUUGCUGGCCUCAAGAGCAGGGACUACCGCUCACUCAUCGCUCUAGAGGGCGGCCUUCCCCCUCUCGUCGCCCUGCUCUCCCCCACCUUCCCUCUCGACCUGCGUCUGCUCUCCGCCACCACUCUCCGCCUCCUCUCCCUCUCCCCCGUCGUCCGCCGCUCAAUCCUCCUCACAGGCACGUUGCUCCCUCUUGUUGACCUGCUGAGGGAGCAGCUGCCAAAUCCCUUCACCAACGUGAGCGUGGCAGCGGCGGUGGCAGCGCUGGUGCCGGGAGGAGAGGGGGAGAUGAGUGCGGCGGUGCCGGUGGGGUUGUGUGCAUCGGUGGAAGAGCAGUUGGUGCUGGUGGGAGCUGUGCCGCUGCUGGUCGCUGUGCUGCUAGGUGCUAGUGGUGGUGGUGGUGGUGGUGGUGGUGAGGAUGUGGUGGGAGGUGGUGCGGUGAUGGGAGGGGAGGGGGCAGAGCAUGAGAAGGAGGUGAGGAGGGCAGUGAGGCGGGUGGCUGAGGUGAGCAGGAGGGGAGUAGAGGAGAUAGUGGCGUGUGGAGGGACGAGGCUGCUAGACGGGCUUUUAUCUCGCUAG